UCUAAAAUGGCGGUACCUAGUCGGCUUUGAAAUGUUUACGUGCUGUUGGGUUUUUAAUUAAAAAAGUAAAUAUAUAUAUAUUAUUUACUGGGAUUUUGCAGAUAAACAGGAUUACAAGGAACAAAAAUGGAUUCGGUGGUAGGGGAGGAUCAAACGCUGCCGUUUGACAUUAAUGGAAGCUGUAGACUCCCGGACUCGCUGAACAGUGCAGACAUCACUAUUGACAACAUGACAGCUCCCCUAUUCCCUGGGCAGAAGAUGUCUCCAACCAAAGCCAUGACCAUGAAAGACUAUGAGAAUCAAAUUACAGCUCUAAAAGAGAACUUUAACUUGAAGCUAAGAAUCUACUUCCUGGAGGAGCACGUGCAGCAAAAAUGUGACGAUUCUACCGAAGAACUUUACAAAACGAACAUUGAGUUGAAGGUGGAGGUGGAAUCUAUGAAGAGAGACCUUGCUGAAAAACAGGAACUGCUCGUGUCUGCAUCGAAAGCAUUAGAGAGUUUAGCGAACAGAGAUUCAGGAGAAGGCCUGAGGGAGCGUUCUCAGAGAGAGAUGAAUUCACUUAGAGAAGCAUUCGAUGCCCGGAUAAAAGAUUUGGAAGAGUCUCUGCGUUGUGCAGAGGAAGAAGUAGAGAAGAUGGCUACAAUUGCUGAGCAAGAGAAGUUGAGAAGUCUAGGUUUGGAGAAAGAACUCAAAGCUGCUGUUCAAUCAGGACCUUCGCACAGUGCUGGCUCCGCCCCUGAGCUUGAUCACAAACUACAGGAGGCUCUGCAGGAGAAAGACCAGCUGAUUGAGCACUUUAAGGAAUCCAUCAAAAACCAGAAUGCUCUGAUUGAAGAGCUUCAGAAGAAAGACCAGUACCAGCCUAUCGCAGAGCAGGUGGUUCAGCUUAACACACUGAUUGACCAAAAGAAUGCAGAAGUACAGGCUCUAAAAGACGAAUUAGAUCGUGAGCGAGAAAAAGCAGAGAAGGAGAACAAGGUGUGUGUGGUGAAGCAGGAUGAAUUAAACCUGCUGCAGCAGAAAACCAGACAGCUGGCUGAAGAGCUUAACUCGGCUAAAAGCAGCAGUCAAACACUAAGACACAGGCUGGAGGAGAUUGACCGAGAGAACAAGACCCUUUCUGGACAACUGGAGGAGAGGGAGAGUGAUCUAGCUGCCCAAAAGAAAAAUGCCCUGAAACGAGACAAGACCAUUCAGGGCCUGAGCAUCCUACUUAAAGAGAAAGAACGACAGGUGGAUGAGUUGUAUGGGAAUUUAGAGGAGAAAGAUCAAGCCUUAACCAAGGCUAGGGAAGCUCUCCACAAAGCUCAGCUACAGAAAUAUCAGGGCGGUGAGGAACAACAGGCCCUUUUGCAGUCACAGCAUGCUGAGCUGUCUCGUCUGCAGGCGGAGUGCCAUUCAUCACUUCUGGAGCUUCAGAGACUGCAGCGUGUACUCAGCAGCAAAGAUGCACAACUGGAACUACUGCAGCAGGACAAACAGCAGCUGGAGAAUGAGCUGGAGCUGCUUCAGCAGCAAAAAAGGAAAGGAGACAAGACCAUUAAUGACCUGCAGAACCAACUGAAAAAGCUGAAUGGAGAGCUGGCAGAGCGUCAAAACCUUCUAGAACAUCAGUCUGUAGCGCAGCAAGAACAAGCCCACACAACAGAACAUAAGCUGCAGAGCACGAUACAACAUCUAACCACUAGCCUCACAAAGAAAGAACUGCAGCUACAGGAAUACAUGAGCAUGGUGCAGGAUCUGGAGCAGGACCGGGCUCCUGCAGGAAGUGAUGUUAUGCUGGCCAAGCUCAAAGAAAAGCUGAGGGACAAGGAGAAGGCUCUAGAGAAAGCAUUAGAUGAAAAGUUUGUGGUGGUAGAGGAGAAGGAGAAUGAAAUUCAUCUGCUGCAGCUGAGCAUGAGAGAGAAGGAAAGAGAGCUGGAGCGCCUCAAUAACCUGCUCACUUACAAUGAGGAGACGGUUAAUAACUUCGACACAUUAUUGAAGGAGAAAGACAUGGAGUUGCAGCAACUGCUGAACUCGUUCAAAAAUCUGCAGCGCUCCAAACAGGAGAGUGAUGAGAACCUGCAGCGAGCUCUGAGAGAGAAAGAUUCCAUCAUCCAGCAGCUCCAACACUCACUGCAACAACGACAAGACAUCGAGGACAUGGCUAGUACAGUUCUUAGUCAUUCAGAGUCUCAGGGACAUGAUCUUAAAGAGCAGAUGGGCCAGAGGUUAAAGGUCACAGAGGCGAUGUUGGCUGAGGCAGUAAAGCACAGAGAGCGUCUGGUGUGUGAAAACCAGACAGCUGUGGAGAACCUGCUUGCCACCAUCAGUAGCAAAGACCACCUUCUCAAGGAGAGUGCGGAGCGACAUGCACAGGCUCUUUCUGAUCGGUCGGCCGAGUUACAGGAUCUACGCAGACAGCUCGCAGACACCCGGCUGCAACUCAGCAACAUUCAGCAUAUCAGUGCUGCUCUGAAUGAAAAGGAUGCACUCAUCAACAAGCUUUUGGACCAUGCUCAGGAGAGAGACCACAAUCUGAAUGAGACAAAGGUGGGUGAGGCUCUACUCCCUCAGGUGGUAGAGCUCAGACAUACCAUCAAUGUGCUGCAACAGAGAUUGAAAGAGAAAGAAGCUGAGCUGUCCCAGUACAGUGAGGAGAACAUGGUGACAUCUCUGGCAGGCAAUAAGAAACCUGCUGUUAUUCUGAAGAAAGAGCUUGCACAGAAAACAGAUGCUCUCAACAGUGCUCUAAAAAGAGAAAACCAGCUCAAGAUAUCUCUUGCUGAGCUUCAGUCCUCUGUGUCAGACCUGGUGGCCCGACUAGAGUCUCUCCAAUGUUCAAUCAGUACUAAGGAUGAAAUUAUUACUGAAUUACAGCAGCGUUUGGCCCAGAUGGGGGAGAGGCAGUCAGCUUCAACACUUGACCACCUCUCCUGGUAUGGGGACGAGCUCAGCUUCCGCUCUCUUCCUCAGAGGGAGAGAACCAUCAUAGGGGGAGAUAGACAGCAGCAGAAGAUGUCGUCUCUGGGGGACCUGUGCUCAGAGCAGGCAGAGCUAAAUCACAUUCUCAGGGAAGAACAGCAGCUCUAUACCAAGCUUGUUCAUGCAGUCCGAGAGCCAGACAGUGCCCAGCGGCUGCAAUCACUACAACUGGAACUGGCUACCGUGGCAAUCCUCAGGCAGCAGUUAGAAGAUGGCGUGCGUAACAACAACGAGCUCCGAGAGCAGCUGCGCCAAGAAAUCCAGAGAGUUAAUCAGAGAGAAGGUGCAGACCCUGCUGAGCUGGAGAAUAUGCGAGAUGCUCUAGAAGAAGCUCAGCGCUGGAACGCAUCUCUACAAGCCAGACUCGGCCAGAUCCAGAACAGAGGUGGAGGAGUAGGACAGGCCAAUGACAUGGACGACACACUGAGUCUGAUUGGCGAGCAGACAUCCUAUAUGAGUAUAUGUGUAGGAGAGGGGCCAGAGGAGGAGCUACAGCAGCUCUCUGUGGAACAACUAAGGCUGAAGGUCUCUGAGCUGCAGACUUUAAAUGCAGAGCUGCAGAAAAAGUUAGCACUGGAAGAGAGAAGCCUUAUAGGCAAUGCUCAGAGAGAGUCACUGGAACAAAAAAACCUUGGCUUUUCACUCCCCAGCAAGCAGCCGCAGGGACUAGCCAGCCUACUAGACGUAGAUGAGAGUCUAACUGCCGCCAGUAUGACGGAGAUAGCUGAUGAAGGUCUUGAAGCCCAUAGAAGGAUGGCUGCUUCUCCUUUACCAUCCCAAAUAAAUGAUGAUGGAAACUCCCCACAUGCUCCUGGACACCAGGGUGAGAAUGAACGGGUAGAACUUGCAUCCUUGCUUAGAGACUGUGGAGCAGAAUCUGUUUCUGAGCUCAGGGAGCAGGUUAAUAAACUUCGUUCCGAAAUGUCAAAGCUCGGUGUGCUCCUGAAGGAAGAAAACGCCGUCGAGUCUAAAGAGAGUGCGGAAAGUUCCGGAGAGAACGACAGCCAUGCUAACCUCCACCGGACUGUGCAGACCCUCCGCGCAGAAGCUCGAAGUCACCGCAAGGUUGUUCGUCUAUUGAAGGAACAGCUACAGCGCAAUACGAAAGCAAAAGCAGAAAGUGGGCCAGGGUUUAACCCGGAACUGAUUGACAGCAUGGCUCCUAAGAGUCCGAGGGAGGAGCACGAGGCCACUCGGAGACAUUCUGCCAGUUUGGAGGACAGGUUGAUGGAAAUACAGAAAAGAGAUAAAGGAAGAAACAAGGACCGAGAACAUGAAGAAGAGCAAGAAAGCAAAAGGAAAGGCAGACGAGACCAAAGCAGGAAAUUGAACAAAAGUCUGAAACAUGCAGCAUCCUCCAAAUCACGGCUGCCCGUAGCAGUGAGACCUACAAAGCAAAGGGACAGGCAAGAGCUGACUGAUCGAGAUACAGAGGAAAGUACUGAGCUGCUUAGUACCACAGACUCUGAGCAGUUUACGCAAAGGAGCAAAGGUCUCAGUAGGACAGCACGCCAACGUUCUCCAAGCAGUAGCAUUGAGACUCUUUGGGAUUCUGAUGCUAGACAAUAUAUGCACACUGAGACUAAACAAAACUGUGAUGCCAGACAAAAUUCAAGGAAUAUGUCUGAGAUUCCACAAUCAGAACUCUUAUCUCAGCUGGAGUUACUGAACCAGGAGUGCCAAGAGAAGGAAGAGCUUAUUUCCCAACUUCAGUUUCAGAUGCAGAAUUGGGAAGGGCUCCAAGCUGAGCUUCAGGAAAAGAAACGAUUGAAUGCUCAGUACCUUGAAGCCUUGCAUGCUGCAAAGUCCACAAUUGCAUACCUUACAGCUUGCAACCUGGAUUCUGAAAGCGGCCUGGGCCAAUCUGGAUUGGCAUCUAAUUCCUCACUGCAGCAGCAGUGCACUGAGCCUCAACGAGUUGUGCAGGAAAAAGAUCAAUUUAACGUUCAGCUACUAGAAUUCCUAAACACAGCUGAAGUCGCCAUUGCAUCACUGACCUCAUUUAAUCAGCCUGAAAGCUUUUCCUCUCGCCAGAAUGACCCACAAGCCUUGUGUGAGAGACUUGAGGGCCUGCUCAGCCAGAUGAAGGCCUUGCAGAAACAAGGAAAAUCCUCCGCAAGCACUCCUAAGGAGUUGCAUUUGCCGGAUGGAAAUUCAGUGUCAGAAUUGCAACGUCAAGCCGAGACCCUUCAGGAGUCCCUGUUGCAACAGUGCAGGCUUAAUCCAGAGUUGCAGGAAAAGUUUAGGACUACAGAAGAAACGAUUACCAAAAUGUUUGCCCAGCGCAACAGCCCUACAAACGACCAGGAGCUGAUUUGCAACCACAAAGCCACAAGUCCACAAGAGGAGACGAUACAUGAACAUGAAAAGAAUCAGCAUAGAUUGGUUGCAUGUCUUUUGGAGUAUAUUUUAGCAGCAGAACAAACAGCGGGCUCUCUUGCAGAUUACGGUUCCAGGUCAGAUCAACUUCUGCAUGGUUCUGACAGCUUGCCCAACACAGAGCUUGAACAGAAUUUGAACAGGCUUCAGAAGGCAGUUCUGGAAAGAGACAGGGUUUGGCCUCCUGGCAGCACAGAUAUGAGUCACAGCACUAUUGUGGACCCACUCCAACACAAACCAGUACUCCAGAUUUCAGGUGCUGCGCAACAGAAGACAAGCACCCCGAUUCCCCAAGGACAGCAGAAACAGGGGCAACAGAAUAUAUUAGAAACAUGGGAUCCUGAUCAAUCAGGAAGUCCACACCCAAACCUUUAUAAAAGUCUAACAUUGCUUGUCCAGAUUGUUAAACAGCAUGCUCAGAAGGUUUGGGAGCUGGCGGAGGCACUUAAAGUUAAGAAAGUACAAGGCUUUAAAGCAGCGGGUGAGCUCAACCCUGAGAGUGUUGCCCAGUUGGAGAGCUUGCAGAAGGCUUUAAAAGAGAAGCAGAAAAUGUGUCAGAAGCUGGAGGAGAAACUGGCUUCUGCUCAGUCCAUCAUUGCACUGCAGAAACCCUCUAAUAGGGAUAAACACUCAGAGCGACGCAAAGCACCUCGUGUUGAACAGGAUGAUAAAGGCAUUCAGGUGGAUGCACAGGACCUUGGCUACGAGACAAGUGGAAGGAGUGAGACGGAGGUUGAAAAAGAGGAGGGCAGUAGCACAGAUGUAGACGGUGUUGUGGGUUUGGACCACGCUCUCUCUGGAUUCACCUCAGCAGACAAUCUGGACACCACAACUUCCAGCCCUUCUUACCCGAGUUCACCAGAUCUCAGCUCUCCCCGGCCUCGUGACCCUAAAUCUGACUCCACCCAUGAGCUCUUGCAACUCAGGUCACAGGUAGAAAGUCAGCACAAGGUCAUUGUUCACCUCCAGCGACUGCUGCCCAAGAAGUUCCAGACUGCCGAGGUUCCGAGUGUGAUCUCAGACACCACACGCGAUGAGGAAGAGGAGGAACGUGCCGCAAUGAAGGCACAGAUUUCCCAGCUUAACGCUGAACUGGACAGAGAGCGUACAAUUAACAGCCGUAAUGAAUCAGCUUCCCCUUCCAGGAUGGAGUCUCUGGUGCAGUCUCAGGCACGAGAGUUGUGCGAGUUGCGUGAGCAGAUUAGAAUCUCACGUACACUCGGUGCUGAACAGCGCAAACAGCUGCGAGAGCUUCGGGGAGCACUAGAGGAACUGAUGCAACCCAACGAUGGCCAGAGCCCCCUAGGCAUGAAUCUCAAAAAACACUUGGACCGGAGUCUGAGCCUACUAGACACACUGGAGCAAGCAGACCCUCGAUUGGAAAAUGAUGAGCUGCGGGAUUUGAGGUGGCUCAGAGGUUUACUGCGGAGCUCCAAGAGAAGGAGAAGCUCAUUCAGGAGCUGAAGGACCAGCUGCAUGGCAAAAUUAGCAGUAUGCAUCAGGAUUCAGAGUCUGAGAUGAGUGACAGAAUGUCUAGUGACAGCACCAUUUCUGUUCACGACAGUCUGUACGACCCUCAAACACACACUGCUAGAGGAGCAA